AUGGAAUUUUUAAAAAGUUUUGACUCAGAUGACAACGUAGAAUUCGUCGAGACAUUCUUCAAUGUUGUGCAACACGUUCACGUCGAAGAAAGUUUGAAUGCAGCGCGUACAAGGGCGGUCGUCAAUCGUGAUCGCCAAGCCGCACACGACUUAUUGGUACGUGAUUACUUUGCCGAUAAUUGUCUUUAUAAUGACGACUCGUUCGAACGUCGUUUUCGUCUGAAUAAGGCUAUAUUUUUACGUAUUAGUAAUGCUUUAGAAUCUCGUUAUGAUUUUUUCAAACAAAAACCCGACGCUAGAGGAAGAAUGGGUUUUAGUAGUAUACAAAAAUGUGCGGCUGCUCUUAGGUAUUUGGGAUACGAUAUAGCAUUUGAUGCAUCUAACGAAUACUUGAAAGUAUCCGAGAGGACCACAGUUGAAUGUGUAGAUUGGUUUUCUGCAUGUGUUUAUGAGGUUUUUCACGAAGAAUAUUUGCGUAAACCUACUCAACGUGAUAUUGAGAGAUUAUAUUCGGCUCAUGAAGAGAGGCAUGGAUUUCCUGGUAUGCUUGGCAGUCUAGAUUGUACGCAUGUGGCUUGGGAAAAAUGUCCAACUGCAUGGCGUGGUCAGUUCACUCGAGGAGAUAUAGGUGAACCAACUAUCAUCCUAGAAGCUGUUGCAUCUCAAGAUUUGUGGAUAUGA